AUGUCGGCCUCUUUCGUUGCGUCCACGGGCGCUCUCCCCCUGACGGCCACGCUCCUCCACUCGAAGUACAGACGUCCGACGUACACCGCAUCCAAGGGCUCCUCGCGUGGAAACCUGUUGACCGUGCGAGCUGAGAGCAAGGAUCAGGCUGGUUGCACCGGGAGCUGCGACUCUUGUGGUCUUGCCAAAGAGAAGAUGCAGUGUGAUGGGUCCGGUCGCAUCAUCGGUGGCAUGGGCGCGAUCCCACUCUUCUCGUGGUGGCCCAUCAAAGCCUACCGACCCUGCCCUGGGCUCAUUGAGAGUGGCGGUGUGUACGUUCGAAAGGGACAGGACGUUGAUGGGAUCCUUUUCGGAGAGAAAGGGAAGUGA